AUGAUAAUGGCAUCAGCGGAAGUUACAGUGCCUGAAGAAAUGAGUUUAAAGCCUUUAAGCAAGCUCGAAGUGGUCAAAGACGAUUCUUCCAUCGUCAUGGACUUUACACUCCAAAACGUACAAUCUGUCACCGUAUGCACUGCCAUUGACUUGGCCAAAAAUGAGACAUGGAAGAUGAACGCGAUAGUCGGAAGAUCCGAUGCCACUGUCCCUACGCUGGCUAACACACGUUUGACUUGGCCAAUCUCGCCACGGGUGCAGCCAAAAGUCGUUGUCAAAUCCGUCUGCUCCCCUGAUGGUAGAUUAACCCUCUGCAUUUGGCCAGACAGCCCCGUGCCCGGGGCACACGUUACUGGAGCCAAAAGAGCGACAUACACACGAUCGGUAGAUAGAAAGGGUGACGGCUUAUGA